UGCAACCGGAGAAGCUUCCGCAAGACCUAGAGGAAGAGAUACUCUCUCUCAUCCCCCCCAAAACCUAUCGGUCGAUUUAGAUCCGUUUGCAAACGAUGGAACGCUCUUUUGAACGACAAAAAAUUCAUAAAGAAACAUAUGGCUCGUGCCCGUCCACACUUUGUCUUGUUUUCUGAAUCCAAAUUUUGUUCGGUAGAAGUUAUAAAUCUUGACGCUCCAUGUAUAAAAGUGCAUAACAUACCCUCCGAUAUUCCCGGUUAUAAACAUGGAAACGUCAUGACAACCGAAUACUGCGACGGGUUAUUAGUUUAUGUCACGGGAGCGGGGUACGGGAUUUGCAACCCAUGGUUGAAACAUAUUAGAUGGAUCAAACCGAAACUAUUCACUUGUCGGUACAAUGGAAUGGGAUACGACUAUAGUAGACCUGAUAAUCAUUACAAGAUAUAUGGUUCUUAUAGUAAUUAUCCCAUCAUGAAAGGUAAUUUCACCGAGUUGGGAUCCAAUGCAUGGAAAUUGUUCGAGGUUGUACAUGAUACGUGGGGUUUGACUUCGUCAAGGUGUAGUGUAUCUCUGAAUGGGACUUUGUAUUGGGUUGGUUUUAGUAAUAAAACUCGUAAGUAUUUUAUCCAAAGCUUUGAUUUUUCGAUAGAGAGUCUCAAACCUUAUUGUACCAUACCUGGUAAAAAUUAUCUACGCGAUGUUAUAACUCUUGCGGUAUUUAAGGGAGAUCGGUUUUCGAUUUUAGAGCAAGAUUGUAAGACAAGGAAUAUGGAGAUUUGGGUGACAAAAAAGAAGAUUAAAAACGGGGAUGGGGAGGGCGUGGAGUGGAUGAAGUUCAUGAAUGUGACAGUUCCUACAUGGUCAAGUUUAGUAGUGUAUGAUUAUACGCCAAGUUAUUACAUCGACGAGAAAAGUCACAGUCUAGUGUUUUGUAGCGUUAAUGCGAAGGAUAACACUUGCAUCUAUAUUGCAAAGGGAGAUAAGUUCCAUGAAAUUGAGAUAAAGGACUUGGUUGGGUAUAAAACUCGUCAUCACACAUAUUUUCCAUGUUUGGUCCCAGUUCCUAACGAUGAUGUUAACCAACAUGUCGGCUCCUACUUUGCACUCCCAAAGGGAAGAGAAGCCAACGAUGGAGCCGGAGAACACGAGUGGGACGAUGGCUUCUUCGACAGUGUGAAGAAAAUAAGUGUAGGAAGAAGUCAUUUGGGCCUAGUAUUCGUCAGAUUUGAGUACUCCAACGACAACGUUGUUGUAGCCGGAGCCGCUCAUGGAGAUGAUUCCUCCUACACUCAAGACGACGAUCUUAUGAUCGAUGAAGACAACUACAUUGAAGCCGUGGAGGGGACCUAUACAGAGAGCCAUAUUACCUCCCUCAAGUUCUGUUUGCACAAGUGCAAUACAUCGCGCCAGUAUGGAAGACAAAAUGGAACGCUCUUCGUUCUCGGAGGAGGAGAAAGCUCGAAGAUCAUCGGUUUUUACGGAAGGAACUCUGAUGUCCAUGACCUCACCGCUCUCGGUGUACACCUUUCGGUUUUUACAUCUCCAAGCCUGCGUCAAGAUUUUACGAAAGAAGCUUUUAGUUAAUGCAUACAAA